AUGUCUGUCUCGCAGUUGCUAAGAAGGUCGGGAGGAUUGGGCAAUGCGACCCCUUUGUCUCGAAGUCGCGGGCGAGGUGGUGGGCAGGACAUUGUUAGCGACAAGCUCGUCGGUACAAUCAAGGAUGAUUGA